AUGGAGACAUGGAUGAGCUGGGCCAUGUUCCUGGCCAUUGGCGCUGCCGCAUACUGGUACUAUGCACACCAAAACAACGAUGGCGUUGCGCGAGGACGGUCGACAACGGGCAAGUCCACCACCAACUCAUUAAAGGAGGCGGUCAACUGGGACUCUGAGACCAAGCCCAAGCAGAAGGCCAAGGCCAAGGUUCCCCGCAAGUCGGUCAAGGCGCCUACUCAGGAUACCAGCAACAAGGCGGCUGCUCCCAAGGCCGCUCCUGUGGCACAGGAGGAAGUCGCUCCGCCUGCUGCCCCCAUCAACAAGGCACCCAGUGGCAAGGACGUCUCUGAUAUGUUGGGCGAGCGCUCUGUCUCUCCCUCUGUUGUGAGCAUUAAGCCCUCUGAAAAGCCCGCCAAGUCCGUCAAGGCUCAGACACAAAAGGCCGAGGUUGCGCAGGAGACCAAGAAGCAGCGCCAGAACAGGAAGAAGGCUGAAGAGGCCAAGGCUGCGCGCGAGGAGGAAGAGAAGCAACGCAAGGCUCUUGAGGAGAAGCAGCGCCGUACUGCCCGUGAGGCUCGCGGUGAGCCGGCCAAAAACGGUCAGCAGAGCAAGCCUCCUGCGUCGAACCCUUGGACUGAGGUUCCAUCUCGUGGUGCGGUUCAGCCUCCCAAGACAGCCCCUACUGGUCAGCUUCUCGACACUUUCGAGGCUCCCGCUGCCGCUGCUCCUGCCCCUACAAACGGCAAGAACACUACUUCUGCCUCUUACAACAGCCUGCCUUCUGAGGAGGAGCAGCUCCGACUUGCCAUGGAAGACUCUGCCUGGACCACUGUUCCCAAGGGAGGCAAGACUAAGCGCAAGACCGUCAACGAGGAACUUGCCGAGGAGCGUGAUGACAUCAACACUGUCAAGCCAUCCCAGCCGGCAAAGCCUGUCCGACCAACCGAGACUCUUAGGGAGAGCAAGAACCCCAGCUCUCGUUACCAGAUUCUCGCCGAGGAGUUUAACCCCAAGACUGGCGAUGAGAUUGACGAUUGGGCGGUCAUGUGA